AUGACUCGAUUUGCCGGAAAAUAUGGACUCUAUCUUUAUAGAGAAAAAGGUGUAGACCUCUUUGAUCAACCAACAGGUGUGCCAGUUUUAUUCAUUCCUGGUCAUGCAGGAAGUUAUAAACAGGUGCGAUCAAUAGCUGCUGAAUCUGCAUUUUAUUAUUAUCGUAAUUAUGCUAAUGAUCCGGAGAAAUGGCAACAAGGAGCUCGUAGUUUGGACUUCUUUACAGUUGAUUUUCAUGAAGAGUUUUCAGCAUUACAUGGACAGUCUCUUCUUGAACAAGCAGAGUAUUUAAAUGACGCUAUCGAUUAUAUUCUUAAACUUUAUUCACGUAAUAAUAUUGAAGAUGGACAACGACCCGACCCUACCUCUGUCAUUAUCAUUGGUCAUUCAAUGGGUGGUAUUGUAGCACGUACUAUGUUUACUAUGGACAAUUAUCAGCAUGGCACCAUCAAUACCAUUCUCACUAUGUCAACCCCUCAUAUGUUACCACCAGCACCCUUUGACUGGAAAAUUUCACAACUUUACGAUGAUAUUAAUCAAUUUUGGCAAUCAGGGUUCAUUAGUACAAAUACCACUGAGCAUCGUAAAACGAACAGACACUACCAACCAUUACCUGCUCAUAUAUCAUUAAGAGACAUUUCAAUUGUUUCUAUGGCAGGUGGUACAUUGGAUAAUACAGUUUGUAGUGAUUCAACAAAUUUGGGGUCGAUUGUGCCAGCCACACAUGGAUUUACCGUCUUUUCAACUGCCGUACCUGAUGUCUGGACAGCUGCUGAUCAUGUCUCCAUCCUCACCUGUAAUCAACUUGUCAAAGUAGUUGCUAAAACACUUAUAGAUCUUGUUGAUGUACGUCGUGGGUCUCAAACAAAGUCCCUUGAGGAACGUAUGACGAUUAUGCGAAGAGCUUUCUUAACAGGCCUUGAAGAUCGUUCAGGCAAUAUUCAGCUAGGAAAUCUUACCUUUUAUCAAACUAAUUCCCCUACAGUAACUUUUUUAAAGCCCGGAGAAAGAUGGGUAAUUAAACAACAACAAUUAGCUACACCCAGCAUAGUUUUUUUGCCCACAGUGGCCAAUGCAGACGCAUUCGCCAUUUUGUCAGAUGAUAAUGAUGGGAGUCGAUUUGAACUGAUGCUAUGUUCAGAAGUUGAAAGAAUAAACAGUAGUCCAACUGUUGCAUGUCGAUCGAUUCAGUCGAUUAUUGUUCCUGUACCAGCGUCUGUUCAGAAUAUCCAGUAUCCAUUUUCAGGAGAACACUUUAGCUUUGCCAGUCUUGAGUUUCAGGAGAUGGGAACCUUUAGUUGGUUGGCUGUAAGAGAUCGAGGACAUGGGAAGGGUACAUUUUUGAUUGUUGAACCAUUUAUGAGAGCUGUGAAUCAUCAAACAAUUCGACAAUCCAUGCUAUCCAUUGCCCUAGAAGGCGUACAUGCUAAGAUGGGACCUGCCCUUUUUACAUCCAUACGUAUACCUUCUAUCGAGAGUCCCAUUUUAGCUUAUCACCUCAAGGUCUCCAGAAAUUGUCAACAUCAAAAGCAACAACUAUUUUCACCUUUUUUAAGACAAUCCAUCUCAACUAUGCAUGAAUCUAAAUUUUAUGUCAAUUUAGCAAAUAAUCCUGAAGCAGAAACAGAUCUUUCAAUUCAUGGUCGUACCGCAUUUACGUCCUUGGUUAGUAGUGGCUCGGAAAAGGGACUUUCAUUACAAGUCUGGAUGGAUCCUACUUGCCCUGAUCCACUAGAACUUGACUUAUAUAUUGACUGGUAUGGAAGCUUGGGUCGUCUAGGUUUCCGAAAUGGUAUUAUGCUUGCUACCUUUUCCUAUAUUGUUGUCAUGUUGGUGUUUGCGACUCAAAUCAAAUGCUACAAUGAUACGGGUAUUUAUCCACAUUUUGGACAGGGUCUAGCAUUUUGUUUCAAGAGGACAUUCCCUUUCGUCAUGCUCUGUUUAGCCAUCUGUAGUAUUUUACAGGUUUGUGCACCCCAACUUUUACUACCAUGGGAAGAUAUUUUAAAUGGUAAUACAGAUAGCUUCUUUUGGUGGAUUCCCUUAGUAGGUAUUCUGCUUAGUAUAGGCAUCGUCAGUCUUCUUUGGCUGUUUAUUGAAUGUUCCGUUCGUCUAAUGAGUUGUCUUUUCGAACAAUCCAUCUGGACCAAUAUUUCGGUGAGUGUCCGUUUUCAACGCAAAGAAAGCGAACAAGAACAACUUCAGCGAAGAUUUAUAAUCACACUCAUCUUAUUUUUAUUGGUGGCUACCUUUAUUCCUUAUCAAUUUGUAUUUGUUGUUGCUUUCCUUGUUCAAAUCGUGACAUGUAUACGUGCAUUUUUAAAAACAAAGGCAUCGUUUAAUCGAACAGGGUUAAAAAAAUCGAAUCGAUAUAAUUAUAUGAUCUCGAUUUUACUUUUAUUUUUUACAUUAUUACCCUUCAAUCUACCUAUUUUAUUGGUUUGGAUACGUAAUAUUUCUGUACAUUGGUUUGUGCCAUUCUCUUCAGAUCACAGUGUAAUGGCAAUAGCCCCCUUCAUCAUUUAUGUUGAAAUUCUGACAAGUCAGAAAAGGAUGCUUCCAAGACAAAAGAACAGGUAA